CUGCACGCUCAGGAUUUAAAGUGUUUUGCACCAGUUUAACAAUCGAUAUCAUUAAUUUUGUCACUAUAUCCUGUAUUGUUCAUCAAAACACACCACACACAUGAUUUUCACAUACUCUCUCUGUCAUGCAGUGAUUGACCUGGUGCACUGGCGGGACCCUAAGAAGUCAGGCGUGGUGUUUGGCGUGUCGCUGCUGCUGCUGCUUUCUCUGGCAGCAUUUAGCGUGAUCAGCGUGGUCUCCUACCUGCUGCUGGCCCUGCUCUGUGUCACCAUCUCUUUCCGCAUCUACAAGUCUGUCAUCCAGGCUGUGCAGAAGUCCAACGACGGACACCCCUUCAAGGCUCUGAUGGAGAAAGAUGUCACUGUGCCCCCCGAGACCUUCCGCAAGCACGUGGACGUCUGUCUCACCCACGUCAACCGUGUGCUCAAGCAGAUGAGCCGCCUCUUUCUGGUCGAGGAUCUGGUUGAUUCCCUCAAGCUGGCAGUGGUUAUGUGGCUGCUGACAUAUGUUGGAGCAGUCUUCAAUGGCAUCACUAUCCUCAUCCUCGCUGACAUCCUGCUCUUCAGUGUACCGCCCAUCUAUGAGAAAAACAAGGUUAGAGUUAUAUCUUUUAGUUGCAAAUCAUGCAUUGUGUGUUUCAAAAAAGCAUUUAUUGUGGAGGUCCAAAUAAGAGAUUAUAUAACAAUAACAUCAAUAAUAAUAAUAAAUAUAGCUGCAAGCAGCAAUUAA